AGACUUCCAGCCACCAUCCUGGAGGUCCUCGCACCCAGUUCCCUUCACCGACCCCAGGAAGAGAUGAAGAAAGACACUUCGCUGCUACCCGCAUCUGGGCCCUUGGCCUCAAACAGUGCCCUGGGUGCCGUCCAGCAGGCCAGCACGUCCGGACUCCCGAGCAAGAGAGGGACUGGGUGCCAUGCCUCCUCCAAAACCCACCGGAAGCCCAGCAUAUCCAAAGUGAUCCUGGGGGUCAUGGUGAGCAAGGGGGCGCGCAAGCGCGUGUCCCUGGCUACCCUGAGGAAGGCCGUCGCCACCAGUGGCUACAACAUGACCCGCAGCGCCUGGCGCUUCAAGCGAGCACUCAAGGGGCUGGUGGACAAGGGCAUGCUCAAGCAGGUGACAGGCAAGGGGGCCACAGGCUCCAUCUUCCUGGCCAACAAGCAUGCCUCCAAGUUCAAACCCGAGGCAAAGAGACGGCAACAGCAGCGGCAGCGGCAGUCGGGGCAGCGCCGGCCUGGGCAGCGCCGGUUGCCCAUGGGCUCCAAGCAGGGGCACAAGAGGCUCGCCAAGGGGGUUCGCAGGGCAGCCAAAUGCUGCCGCAGUUAACCAGGAAAGCUGGGCGAGCAGGGAGGGCUGCCAGCCCCGCCACAGGCUCAGUGCAGUGGGGAUAAAAGGAGCCUAACAUUUCACACCUGCCUCCUGGAAUCUCUGGGGUUCAAGGGAGAGGGACCGAAAGAGGUCUGGGAGCACAGAGGACAGGUAAGGCCAUGGGUGGGGAAAACCUGGGCAAAAUAAGAGUGAGAUAGAUUUGGGAAGGGCUGGAGGGAUUGAAAGCACCCAGAUAUUAGCUGGUCCAACCGCAUCAUCUUGCAGGUGAAGAAACUGAGGCCAGAAAGAGUCACAGUAACUGUGUGGCAGAAAGCAGCCUAGAACCCAAGUGUCUGACUCACAGCGAAUCGUGGUUGUGUGUGUGUGUGUGUGUGUGUGUGUGUGCGUGUGUGUGCGCGCGUGUGCACGUGCACGCACUGGAAGCCUUUUAAGUUGCUUUCUAAAGUUGCUUCUCAAACCCUUUCUCCCAGGGUGGCAGCAGAUCCCUGAAGCUUGGCUACGUCCCCUCUCCUGUCCCACUUUAGACUCCUCCAUGGAGACCAGAAAAUGAGAAAGCCAAGCCAGGCCAGGUUGGGCCCAGCGCCCAACCAGCCGAGGGCUGGAGCUCACAGGCCAAGGGUAGCUUCGUCACCCCAGAGUAAUUUCGUUUGUCUGCUGCUCAUGGAGGUUGGAGGGUCCAGCCUGAUAGUCUAGGAGACCUCCCACUCAGCCCCCAGAUUUCCCCUACUCACUCAGAGGUGGCCAGGUCUCUCUUCAACCUGGAAAAACAAGGGAGGGGAUUAGCUAUUAUCCACAACCCCUCCUGGUGCCAGGCCAGGCAAGGGGCCCUUCCUCCCUUCCUGGCUGAGGACUCUGCUCCCUGAGGGAUCUGGGUCCCCACGUGGCACAAGUGCCACAAGGAAUCCCACAACGUGAGCACCAGCCCCAGUGCCCUCCCUGCCCUCAGCCCCCACACUCACCGUCCCUCCCGCCGGCAGCACAUAACGUAGGCCAGCAGCAGGGUGAGCAGCAGGGCCACCAGCAGGGGCACCAGGAGCGUGACCAGGGCGUCGGUCAGGAAUUCUCGGGCUGUGGCCUCGGUGGGUGGGCAGAAGAACGGGUCGUGCUCCAGGAUCCCAUCACCUGGCGUGGGUACCUCGUCUGCCGGCUCUGGCACUGACUUGUCCACCUGCUCAGAGAGCCCAGGGCUGACCCAGGAGUGGAUGGCCAGACACAGAGAACCUCAGGGCACAGGGCAGGAGUUCUGGGGCCACCCCGCUCCAUGCAACUGCAGGGAUUCCUCCUGCCUGGCCUCCCCCAGCUCAUGUGACCGAACAGAACAAGCACUGGUCUAGGUGCCAGGAAAGAAAUUCUAGGAGAGGCAGGACCGCACAACGGUUAGAGCACAGCUCUCAUGUCUGACUGCCUGGGUUUGAAUCCUGUUUCAGACAAGUGCUAUGCUGCAAUGACU